AUUUAUACAAAAAGUCGCCGCCUCACCUAGUUAUUUAUUUUGACCAUUUGAAUCUAUCUUACGUUUAGUUCCUCCCAAGCACGCCUUCACUUCCCCAUCAGCCAUGUCCUCUUACUCUCCACGGUCUCCCUUUGGUCUCCCGCAAUCCCCAAGACCAAACGGUAUGCUCUCACCAGGCAUGCUCUCACCAAUCAACACAACUCUCUCCUCGCCCUCAUCCCCGCGAUACGACUCCGGAGCAACCUCUCCCACCAAUCAAGCUCUGUCCGAGAAAGGCCCCCAGCCAAUAUUCAUCGACACAAGACAACGACGCCGAGAGUCGAUGAUAUUCGUCAACGCUACUAUUCCUCUCAGUCCACGGAGCUCGAUUGCUCUAGGUGACCGUUCAGAUACUCAAUCUCUACGAGAACCACCGCGGAAACGAAGGGGGAUCGCAAGAUUAUUCUGCUGUUUUAGCUCUGAGGCCAGAGAGCGGAGGAAGAGGCAGCGAUAUAUGGACUUUGAAAGGAUGGAGGAUGUACAUUGGACGGAGCUUUGA